UUUAUGAUGAUAUAUUCGUAAGAAAAAUUUCAAUAAUAUUAAAAUGCGAGUGAUCGGGAAGAGUUGAAGGAAGUGGAGGGAAACAACAUAUUCUUUUUUUCUGUGGCUCAUUUCCGAUCAAAACAAUAUGAGUGGUGGUUAACUGCCGACCGCGAAAACCAACUGUAAACGUGUCCCUCAAGCCGAGCCGAGCCGAGCCGAAGAAGAACAAUGCGUGCAAGCUAAAUUCAGACACACGCACGCACGGCCGCCACCUGCCACACCUCUCCAUCACCAAUCUUCCCUCCUUCCACCGCUCACUGCCUUCUUCCUCCGCAUCCCCAACUAGCUUCGCUUCACUUCGCUUAGCAGAUGGAGGGCGUCGCCAUGGCUCUAUCAUCAUCCUCAUCAUCAUCCCUACUCCACCCAUUGAUCCUCUCCCGCACCAGAAGACCCACCAACCAAUAUCCCUUCUCCAUACCCACCUUCCCUCCUCCCGCUGUGAUCACCAACUCUGCUGCAAACCUUCGUCGCCGCAGCAGCAAGUGCCACGCAGUCACCACCUCGCAUCAUCCUCCUGCAAUGGAUCAAAAUUCCGACAACGACGAAGCAGUGCUGUUCGGCGAUCCCUCGAUUGAAGCGGGCCGGAGCGAGGAGAGAGUGGCGGUGGCGGAUUACGACUGGACGGAGGAGUGGUACCCGCUCUACUUCGCCCGGGACGUCCCCGACGACGCUCCGUUGGGGCUCACUGUAUUCGACAAGCAGGUUGUGGUGUACAGAGACGGAGAAGGGCAGUUCCGAUGUUACGAAGAUCGAUGCCCACACAGGUUGGCGAAGCUAUCAGAAGGGCAGAUUACGGACGGGAAGCUGGAGUGUCUGUAUCACGGCUGGCAAUUCGAAGGAGGAGAAGGGAAAUGCGUGAAGAUACCUCAGUUACCUGCAGGGAGCACGAUUCCGAAAUCGGCCUGCGUCCGAUCGUACGAGAUCAGAGAUUCGCAAGGAAUCUUGUGGGUGUGGAUGUCGUCGAGGACGCCGCCGAAUGCGAAGAAGCUGCCUUGGUUCGAAUCGGUGGCGAAACCAAGGUACCAGGAGGUUUCGACCAUCCACGAGCUUCCUUACGAUCACUCCAUACUCCUCGAGAACUUGAUGGACCCUGCACACAUUCCGAUCUCCCACGAUGGAACCGACACCUCGACCAGCAGGAAGGAGGCUCAGCCGCUUCUGUUCGAGGUCACCGAGAGGUCCGAUCGAGGGUUUGCUGGGUACUGGGGGAGGGAAGCAGAGGGACUGACGAGCUUCCUGCGGUUUCAAGCUCCUUGUGUUCUGUCAAACGUAAGAGAAUAUACAGAUGCAAAUGGGGAGAAGCACUAUGCAACUGGGUUGUUUCUCUGUAGACCGGCGGGCCAAGGGAAGUCGAUGGUCCUCGUCCAGUUCGGUACGACCAAAGGUUUCAAGCUGGCGAAAUGGAUACCCAAAUGGUUCAUACACAACCUCUCCUGCAAGAUAUUCGAACAGGACAUGGGGUUUCUGUCAUCGCAGAAUGAAGUUCUGAUGAAGGAAAAAGUUCCCACCAAAAAGCUGUACAUAAACCUGAGGUCUUCCGAUACAUGGGUGCUCGAGUACCGGAAAUGGAUGGAUAAAGUUGGGCAUGGAAUGCCUUACCAUUUAGGGCACAGCACCAUUUCUCUGCCUCUGGUUCCUGCUGUCGUGGAACAAGCGCCCGCUGGCUUUCUAGCUCGCGCAUCUGCUUCGCCGCCUGCGAAGGGAGGGAUCAUGGAGAUGCAUGCUCCCAACCUGACGAGCCGAUAUUUCAGGCAUGUCGUCCACUGCAAGGAAUGCUUGGGCGCUUUCAGGACUUUCAAUGCUGCGAGGAAUGUGCUCUCUGGUGCAGCUGUUGCUCUGGUGGCGUUGGCUAUUCUGGCGUCUCAACGGCAGUGGAAGGCCUUUCUGUUGGUAUCGGCGGGACUAUGUUUGGCUGGAGUGCACUUCACCUCCACAGUUAUUGCUACCAAGACAACAAAUUUCAUUAGAGACCACAAGAGAUAGUGAUAGACUGAUAGUGAGUUUUGU